UCAGACAGUCUCUUCCCCUUCGUCGGCCUUGUGUAUGAUCCCCGGCUGCUUGGUCGCGUGCAUGAGCAUCUUGUCGUACUCAAACGGCUGCUGGUCCUGCUGCCGCCACGACCGCACCAUCAUCAUGUCGUUCAUUCUGACAUACACAACACCAAUGUCAACACCAAUGACAACACACCAUACAGCCUUCCACUCUCUCUUGGCUCACUCACCGAGACACGAUCUUCAGCUUCGAUAGCGUGUCCUUGCCCGCCGCCCCCACUGACGCCGAGCUCUUGCCGCUGCUCGCGCUGCUCGACGACGACUCAGACCUGCUCUUACCCGCCCUGACAGCCAGGCGGGAUGACCCCGUCUUGGGCAGCCGUGUGGCCAUCCUGCCCCAAGAGGAAGGGCUCUUGUCCCUUUGUGCUGCUGGGGAGGCGUCUUGGGUCCGGUCGUCGCUGAAGGCGAUGUUGCGCCUGCUGGGGCUGAUGUCGGCCUCGGGCUGUUGCUGUUGUUGUCUCGAUGUGAUGAGGAUGCCUUUCUUGCUGCCCCUGUCGGCCAAGGCCAUCUGUUGGUCGCUCGCGACAUCGGCAGCGACGUGAAGCGGUGUGGGGGUGGGGCCGGGUGCGGGAGCGGGAGCGGGGACAAAAGGGGAGAGGGGGCUUGCGACAGAUGACCGCACGCUGCUGCGGCGAUGCAUCGCCCGGCCGAACAGGGCAGCCAUGGGGGGUGCUGCUGCUGCUGCUGCAUCAGGUGUCUCCUGUUGUGCUGCUGCUGCUGCUGAUGGGGCAUAGCUUGCCUUGCGGCUGCUCUUUCUCCGCUGCCGCAACAGGUCAGAAAGCUUCCCCGGCUGCACCCCCAGCGUAUCAGCAGGUCGCUUCCCCUUUGUGGCCAACACGGCAGCAGCGGUGACGACAGAAGGUCUCUUCUUCUCUUCGGCUGCCUCUGCUUCACCAUGGCUGCUGCUCGCGCUGCUGCUGCUAGGUGAGGGGACGCCGGGGAUGUCUGGCGGUGCCUGGGGUGCGUACCUGCGCGCCUCUGGUGUGGCGCCGGUCUUGACGGCUCUGGAGAACUUGGCGAGGGGCGACUGUGCCACGAGUAUGUCGCAGGCCGGUGUGAAGCCCUGGCUGGCGCGGAGGUUGACGUGGCUCUGGUCGAUGCGGAAAAAGCCAAUGCCGAUCUGUGUGAAAGCAAAAGGCAUAUCGGGGUGCGGUGGGUGCGGGCGAGUGUGUUAGGUGUACGUGUCUGUUGAGUGUUUCGACUCUCUGCCAGUCCUCCCAGAAGAGGAGACACGGACAGACGUGCCGAAUCUCACGCUGCAGAAACACAGCCACACUCAGCAUCGCUGGGUACCUGAAAUGCCGUCGCAGGAGACGUCAGGACAUCAACCUCGCCAUGCAGCCCCCCCGAACACACCUGUGGCACAAUUCGACGAAGUCCACAAGAUAGAAUCGCUCGUAGGGCUCCAGCGUGAAGUCGAUCCACGCCGCGUCGAAGGACUCGACGGAGUGGUUCUCAUAGGCCUGGUAGAAGGUGUUGAGCUGCUGGGGGCCGAUGUAGUGCACCGUCCAUGAGCGGGAGAUCUUCAGGAUCGUGUAAAACAUGAACUGGGCCAGCUCCAUGAAGGACAGGCUGGCAAACAUGAGCGUGGUGUACAGAUACACAUCCCAUGUUGUCUCGCGGCCGGCACCUGAGACACACAGAGGAGACGGAGAUUGGGAGCGAGGGAGUCAUUUGCGUGUGGUUGACGGACCGGCGAGGUCGAAGAGUGCUUCAACGAUUUUGUCGACGGCGUCUCUGUGGCUGCGGACGACGUGUAUGAUGCCCUUGGUGGGCACCUCGGUUAUCCAACCCACAUGCAGACGCUUGCCGGUCUCCAGCUGGUGGAUGCGCACAAAAUGCCUGACAUGACGGUGGUAGGGGGCGAGACAUCUGGCAGAUGCAUGCCUAUGUAUGUGAAUGCUUACUUGUACAUAUCGAAUAUGUGUCGCUGGGUGAUUCCGAGGUCGUCAAAGAGCUCCUCCACCUGAACAGGAGAUAAAAGGGAAAAGGACAGCCUUCUUCUCUUCUGUGCGCCGAUAAGCGCCUGUUCUCUGUGGUCCUGAGUGCCUUGUCUGUUGGUCGGUGUGGGUGUGUGGAUGGGUGCUCACCUCACCUCGGGGAGCGGGUGUGGCGGUGCUGAUGUUCGGAAGAGCCAGAAGUAUAUGCCCACGCCCACCACCAGGAGCCCCACAAACACCCCAAUAAUGAUCAGCGAAUCGUCUCUCGAUACCUCCAGCUGCAACGGUCCUUCAUCCUCCUCCUCUUCCUCCUCCUCCUCGACGCCCUGCAUUAAGUCACGUCAUGUCUUGUGUCUCGCCACUCUCUCGCUUACGUAGAUGGCGUGGUCGCAUUCCUUCGGCCACGGCCCCGCCAGUGUGGCGCAUAGCGCUCUCGUGACUCCUUCAGGCGUCACUGGACCGGUGUAUCGCCAUCCAUUGAUCGCCACAGCAAAGGGGGCGGGAUCAUCAAGCCCCUCCCCGCCCAGCGCGUUGCCGUAGCGAAUCCCGGGGCCCGAUAUCACCACUGACGCGCGCCAGUUGGUGCUGUUUCUGUCGUCCCUCUGUCUCCUGAGGAGCUCCUCCCCUCCCCCCGUGCCCGUGUCGGCCAUGCAUGUCUUCACCUCUGCGGCGAUGAAGAUGGCAUUCUCGGCCAGCAUCUCGCUGUUGCACCCCUCGCUGAAGUAGGGGAACACCAAGGCGGCCUCGUCAUCGACGUCUUCAGCCGUCACGGCAGCCACUUCGGUGAAGGCCGUUGGGUCGGCACUGAGGGGGCAGUGGGUGGUGACGGCCUUGAGGUAGCGCCAGAAGGUCUCUGGGAAGGGGUGCAAGUCUCGCGGGUAGUCCUCUUCUGCUUUCUCUCCCUCGUCAGGGGCGGUGAUAUUUCUCGGCGGCUCGACUGCGAAGGUUCUGGCAGGUACAGGUGCGGCUGCCACUGGGUUGGAGCGAUCGAAGAGACACAGACGGCGCAAAUCCUCCUCGACUACCUAUUCAGGACAGGGGGACAUUCUGGUUGUUGUUGACGCCCUCUCUGUCCCAGUGACUGACUUACAUGGCUACCUCAGCUCCGGUGAUGGGUCCGUGUGCAUCCGGAUCAGCCGAGCAGUACUCGAGAGAGGUCUUGCCACCAGUAAAUGACCAACAAUAGUCUUGCACCUGCUCGAAUUGAAUGAACAACCAUCACAGCGGUGAAAAUGCCCUGCGCGCGCUCACGGUGAGCUCAUUGGAUUUGUCGCCCCGCUGGAUCUGGUAGUGGAACUCCACAGCGACCAGCCCCCUCAGAUACAGCAUGGCGUCAGAAAACGGCUUCAGGAAGUGGGCAGCCUCAGGCGACCCCGAAGUGAGCCACACGUCGAGCUUGGCCGUGUCAUACAUCGGCCGGUCGCGCAGAAAGGACAGCUCCACCACGAUGGAAGACUUGUCGACCACCACUGCGUUCGGGUCGCCCAGUAUCUUACUCGACACGUCCCUUGCAGCGUCGAAGAGAAUGCGGCCUUCCCUGUAUGGCACCAAGACGGUCGGGAGAGACAGGGUCGACCCAUAGCCAUCAUCAAAAGCCGUGAAGUGUCGGAACCCGUCAACCGUGGCGUUGACGGUGACGGACCUCACCCGCCCGUCUGUCUCGUUGCCUGUGUACUCAUACGCCUCGGUGGUGUCCGGGGCGUAGAUGAUAAGCACGUCGAUGGCCUUGCUCUCAAUCGCGGCGACGGCGGCUUUCUUGGCGGCCACACAGCCCCCCAUGGGCACGAUGAGGAAGUUGAGGAGGAACACAUCAUCGCCCGCCUUCUGGGCAGAGGUCAGUGUCGCCUGCUCCGUGAGGUUGUAGGCGGUCUCCCUCCGAAGGUUGAGGGUGUCAUAGUCGCUGGCAAUGCAGUAAGACUCGCCCCGCGAGCGAAGGUAGAACAGCUGGCCCCACACCGACUUGCCGUAGUCAUAGUGGCCGAAAGGGGCCGUGGAUGCCGCCACUUGAAAGGGCGACAUCGGAGGGGAUGUGUCUUCUGGCGGCUCGGUGAUUGGAGAGGCGGCAGGCGUGCUCGUUGAUGUGUCAUCGUCUGGCGGAGCAGCUGCCGGUGUGGGGGAUGGUUGAAUCGUGGAUGUCGAAAGAGGCGGCUCUGUGCUUGUCGUGGCUGGCUCGUCCGUGGUUGAUAUUUCCGCGUUCGUGGUGGGCAGAUCAGUGGUUGUCGGCGGCAAAGGUGUGGUCGUGGGCUCUAUCUGGGCCUGGACGAGGCUGUCGAUGACAGAAUUGGGCUGCAUGAUACGCAGAGAAACGCAGUCAUUCGCCGUGGAUGAGGCGAUGUGAAACAGCCGGUCGUAGAAGGGCUCCACUGAACUGGUCGAUGGAAGCUGAUACAGAAGGAGGAUAAGGCGUAAAAAGGCAAACGACAUCAC